AGGGUAGCAUUUUUACAUUACUUACUAACACUUUAGAAUGAAUAUAUUGAACGUUCACACUGGAAAUUGUUCAUGAGGACAAGUCAACAGUGCACUUGCACUAUAUUUCAAGAUGCAACACACGCAUGCGAAUUAAAACUUAAAUAGCAUUGCGGAUCAGCCCAGCAUGCGGGCAAGAGUCUCUCUCUCUCUCUCUCUCUCUUCCAUCGCAGCUCUAGGACCCAGGAGAAUAACUCGCAGGACAGUUUAUUUUUUUAUUAUUUGAGUGAUGAAAAGAACCUGCUCGCAGAAGACUAAGGGGACUGUGCAAGUCAACUGACUAGUGUGGAUAGUCAUCGCGCCGCAAAAAGCCAGAAAAAAAGAGAAAAAUAAUUAUAUAUAUCACCUAUACAAUCCACUCGAGGAAGAUCGUCCCCCUUUUUUUUCCUUCCAAUCCCUCCCUCCCCAGACCCCCUCUCCCAGACACAGAGUCCGUAUUCAGAGCACCGGUACUCGGUUGGAGGAGCGCGUUUGGAUAACGGGAGGUUUCUGGAGAUCACCGAAUAGGGCAGCCGCGUAGUGCGCACUGUCUAAUUAACCGAUCAGUCAAUCAAACGUUCAGUCAAUAAACCAACCGUGUCGCAGCAAGAAGCCUCCUUCUCAUCCGCCUGCUCGAAUCGAACCGAUUUCUUUAAAAAUAGCGCAAAAGGUUGAUUUGAAAGAUUGUUCAACGAGGAUUGCUGCAAAUGUGCCGUUCGCGCGCUCGACGAUCUCAAUGACAACACGGUUUCUUACUGACGGAAACACUUUUUGCCUUUGGAAACAGGAGAGCGACACGCAAGUCUGUUUGUGUCACGUUACUGCUGCUGGGACACUCUGAGUGACUUGUUAUAUUUCAAACAGGCUAUCAAAUAGUUGAGGCUGUCGCUGGAGUCGUGAUCAGCGGGAAUGAGACUGAGGGAAUCUGCCGCGGCUCGGAGAACUGGGCUGGCUUUCGCUCGGGAACUACAAAGCUAGAUAUACAACUUUUGUUUUAGACUUUAUCUUUCUAUAUGGAGCGAUCGGCAUCGCUGGACAUCGAGGUGCUGAAGAUGACUCAGGAGCAGUAUAUCCUGGCAUCUCAGCCAAACCCCCUCCAAAGGCCAGGAUGUGCUACUGUGUACCCGGUGGGGAUUUAUGGAUGGCGAAAGCGCUGUCUCUAUUUCUUCAUUCUCCUCCUCCUCGUCACCAUGAUCGUCAACCUAGCCUUGACAAUCUGGAUUCUAAAGGUCAUGAACUUCACCGUGGAUGGCAUGGGAACUCUUCGCGUAACCAAAGAGGGCAUCAGAUUAGAGGGAGUGUCUGAGUUCCUCCUUCCACUCUAUGUGAAAGAGAUCAACUCCAGAAGAGGCAGUCCUCUGGUCUUACAGUCAGACCGCAAUGUGACGGUGAAUGCACGAAAUAACCUUGGCCAGCUGACAGGACAACUCACUGUGGGCUCUGAGAUGGUAGAAGCCCAGUGUCAGCGGUUCGAAGUGAGAAGUAGUGAUGGUGAGAGAGUUCUCUUCUCUGCUGAUGAAGAGGAGAUCAGUAUUGGCACAGACAAACUGAGAGUCACAGGCAAUGAGGGAGUUGUGUUUAGCCAUUCAGUGGAAACAUCACAUGUUCGAGCUGAACCAUUCCAAGACCUGAAGCUAGAGUCCCCGACGAGGACACUGACACUGGAGGCACCUAAAGGUGUUGAAGUCAACGCGGGAGUAGGGGAAUUCAAAGCUUCUUGUAGGAAAGAUCUCACUUUAGAGUCUUCAGAAGGAGAGAUCUUUCUAAACGCAAACUCAAUCCGUCUUGGAAAUCUUCCACACGGGAGAGUGGACACAUUGCUCGGUCCAGGGACCACGUACCCCAAACAGACUGUGUACGAGGUGUGCGUAUGUCCCAGCGGCAAGUUAUAUCUGUCUCCGGCAGAAAGCUCCUCCACCUGCCAGACGACAAACAGUGUGUGUCUCUGGAGCUGAGAAAGGUGGGUGGGCCAUGGACCUCCCAGCACCAGAAAGGCCUUCCUUCACCUUUCCACUCCUGCUCCUUCCCUUCCUCCUCUCCUCUGACCUCAGUCCUAUCUCAAUCCUAUCUUUUUAACCACCCAUUCAUCCCCGCUGUCCAUUCGUCCAUCCAUUUGACUAAUCAGUUUCUAUCUGUCUGUCUGUCUAUCUAUCUGUCUAGCAAUUUAGCUAGCUGUCUGUCAUAAAAGCAUAUAUCUGUAUGUCUGUGUGUCAGUCUGUCUAUCUAUCUAGGUACCUGUCUAUCAUAAAAGCAACCUUGUGUCUGUCUGUCUGUCUGUCUGUCUGUCAGUCAGUUUGUCUAUCUGUCUGUCUAACUGUCUUUCAUAAAAGCAACUGUUUGAUAGUCAGUCAGUCUAGCUACAGUAUCUAGCUGUCUAUCAAAAAAAAAGCAACCAUCUGUCAGUGAGUCAGUUUGUCUAGCUAGCUAGCUGUUUAUCAUAAAGACAUAUAUCUGUUUGACUAUUUAUCUAGGUUGACCAUACAAGCUCUUUUUCCCAGACAUGUCCUGACCAGGAUUUCUAAAUUGCCUAAAAUAUCCAGAUUUAGACUUUUUUUUCCUGUUUUCAUACUUGCUUGACCAAUACCAUGCAGGCAAUGUACAUAAUCGAUCGGUCAUGGCUCAUGGGAAGGUAUGAAAAACGUGUAUAUAGUAGGUGUGCUCGACUUGAGUGACACUGCACAGACCGAUCAGUCUAUGACAUCAAAGUACCCCAAGAGAGAUUCAAAAGCAUAAGGAGCCAUCUGCUCUCUAUAGCUCUCAUGGUACUUUGGUGUCAUACACAAUCGGUCAAACACAUUAUUUUAGGCAAUUUAGAAAUCAUGGCCAGGACGUGUCCGGGAAAAAGGGCAUGGAUGGUCAACCUAGUUUAUCUGUGUGGCUGUCAGUCAGUCAGUCUGGCUAGCUAGCUAGAUGGUUGCCGUGAUUUGGCGUAGUAAUACAUGUUCCAGGAUCAACAUCUUUUGAUCAUCCUGGAUCAACAUUAUUGUCCAAAAAUAUAGACUUAACCCAAUCCCUACCCCUAAACCUAACCCUACCCAUAAUUUAUUCCUAAAAUCAGUGGGAAAUGAUAGCUGAUUAACAAGAGUGUAGAAGCACCUAACCCUGAUUUAAAUCUAAAACGUUAUAAAAAGUUAGAUCUCAAUUUUGAUUGGAUGAUUUAAAUGUUGUUUCAGGAUCAACAAGGAUGUUGAUCCAGGAACAUGUUGUACUUAGUGAAAUCAUGCUAACCCUAGCUAGAUGUCUUUCAUAAAAGCAUCUGUCAGUCACAGGGUGGCCAUAUGCGCCGUUCAUAUGGGACACGUCCUGGACAGGAUUUUAAUAUUGCCUAAACAUCUAAAGCGGUUUAACCAAUAACAUGCAGGUAUUGUACAUAAUCGACCAAUCGUGGGGCUGUGCGUGAGAAGGUGAGAUCUACAGGGAACGAUCAAGCAUUGCAAAUAUGUGCAUGUGUUUGUUCGUUUUUUUGACUUGAAGCUUCGCUGCACGCCGAUCAAAAAAGACAUCAAAGUAGGUGCAAGAGUGAUUCAAAGGCAUAAGAAUCCUUCUACUUUGCUCUCUAUAGCCCUCAUGAAUAUCACACAACGAUCGACCUGCACAGUGCAAACAGCCUAUUAAAAUCUUGGCUUGAAUGUGUCGUGUAUGAAUGGCGCAUAUGGCCACCCCAUUCAGUCAGUCAGUCUGUCUGUCUGUCUGUCUGUCUGUCUGACUGACCCCAUGUCUUUCUCACAGUGACUAUCACUUUCUCCCUUUUUUGUCAUUUUUUCUUUGUCUUCUUUGUUCUUUCUCUUCCUCUUUCAAUUUCUCCUCUUUCCCAUCUUCCUCUUCCCCUUUGUCCUCUCAAGCAGAAUUCAGGAAUCAUAAGACGUAUCUUGGCUCAGUUGAAGCUGCAUCUUCCCAAUCUGUAAAUGGAGCAGAAAUUCUCAUUUUGUGUGUGUGUGUGUGUGUUUUGUUGUUCUUAUUUUUGUAUGCGCGUCUGACCAAGUGGAGGAUUGUGAAUGUGUGCUGCCUGGGACACUGGACUGCACUCGUGAAUGAGCACACACACAGCGACCUGCAAAUGAGUGCGUGUUUUUCUAAAGAAGAUACAAAGGUGCCUUUGCUACUGUUAGUAAAGCACAUCACCUGCUACUGUCUUUCCACCUGCAGUUAAACUAACCUCCUCUAGGAAAACCGACUGUACGAACCCUCUCUUUUCUUUUAGUUCAAGGGUCAAAAAAGAUACUACGAUAAACAGAAAGAAAACAUAAACUUACUUUCCUCUUGGAUGUUUCUUUUUGGAAGAAAAGCACAAGAAUAUGCCAUGUAUAUAACAACAUUAAUCAAUAAUAAUAAAAAGAGAAAGUUUAUUUUAAGAAUUUUGUAUUCAAGAAUGCUUGAUAAUGUUUCUUUUUUAUUGUUUAGGUCUCAUGGACAUGUUUACAUGUACUAUGGUGAGGUAAUGUUUUUUUUUUUUUUUUACUCUUUAACUGUUAUCAACCAAAUUUAAUUGUUGGAUUGUGUUUAGGUCUUAACUAAAAUUGAUCCUGCCAGUCAAAAAGAGGUGCUGUAAUCUUUUCCCAACUCUAUGGUUGUGUUUAUUUUAUUUAAAAAUUGUGUGUAUGUGUGUCUUUUUUAUUCCCUCCGCGUGAUGUAGUGCAGAAAUCAAUACUGCAAGUCCAUUAUUAAUCGUCAUUGAUACAUUUAUGUGUUAUUUACUGUUUUAAGUGUUUCUGUCCAUGGACCACUGCACUUGGGUAAAUUAAAAUAUGAUUUAGAGGGUCAUUUCUACAAAACAUUUUCACGGUGAAUGAAAAGUAAACUGCCAAUAUGGAAUAACCAUUCAUCGUGUUCUGUCUGGAAAAGUAUAUACAGUCAUGAGAAAGAGUUUUGACCCAUUUGGAAUUAUUUGCAUUUGAAAAAAAAAAAAAAUGUAAUCAUGCAAGAAUAGCUCCUAAAAUAUAAUUUCAUAGUAAUAAAUUAAGUGAUAAUCAAAAAUUCAUAACAGUUCUAAUUCAUAAGCAACAUGCACAAAUUUAGGAGCCAUUCAUGUGGAAAUCUAAUUCCAAAGAGGUUUGCAAACAGUAAUCCAAUAACACUUGUGUUUAUGGCUGUCAUCAACCUCAUUAUGACACAUGAAACAUUGCCGUUUGAAAAUUUUGAGCAUUUUCUUCAGAUGCGAGAGACAUGACAUGGUAUGUUUGGCAACAGGAGACAAAAGGUGAACAAUAAAAGGAUCACGCCUGUAAUAACUGAAGCAUACCUUUAAUUUUUUUAAUGUCAAAGACCUGUAAAAAGAUAUCUGAGCAAAAUAUUUCCUCAUAAACAUUCUAAAUAUGGAAGAAAUUCUGAAUGGGGUAAUACAAUAGUACGAGGUGCUUAGCAUCAAAUGGACUGUUUAUUUAUGUCUGUGUUUUUGUUCUGUAGGAGAGAAGAUUUCUUAAACGAAAACAAAGAUAUAUUUUCUUAUAAAUUCUAUGCAAUGUGUUUGUAAGAUUGCUCUGAGGUUGGAAUAUCAUUCAGUUAUAUAAGAGGUCGAAAAUAAUGUCCUAGAUUUUCUUUUCGUCAUAUCUCCAGUAUUAUAACACUCAAAAUAAACUGGCUCGUGAAAUGAUUUGAAAAUAAUAAAAAAUAAACAUGAAAUGAUGAACACAUGCAAAUGUGUUUAUUUGGGAUAUUAAAUAUCUAUAUUGGGGAGAUGAAACCUAAGCACUGUCUUUGCAUUCGUUCACAUGCUAUGCUAUUUCUCACCAAUUUUAGUGACAUUGACAUUUGGCAGAGUCCAGGGGAGUUGAUGUAUUUCCUGUGAAGAAAAGUAAGGACAUUUGUUGCAACAUCUCCCUGUCUCUGUCUUUUUAUUUCUUUAUUUUCUGUCCAUUUUCUAUCAAUUUUUGACUAGAAUGGGCAGAGGCAGGCUUUGAGGCUUUUGGAUCAAAUUUACCAUGAAAUAGAACAUCUUCAUAAAAGGAUGAGGUCAGUGCUUUGGUUAGGACUCGUUCCUCUGGCACCUCUACUCUCAUUUAGAAAAGCAGAGAGGUCUUAUAAAGCUUACGAACUCUGGGAGAGAAGCUAAACAUCUGAGGGGAGUGAGUGCCAUAAAAAGCCUAUUCAUUCUUCACUGUAUUUUGUGCUUAUAAAUUCUGGCCUGAUAUUAAAAACGUGUUUUGAGUGUAAAACAAACACUUUUUUAUUUCUAAAACAUGUGUACUCACUGUCACUGCACUUUAUUUACCCUUUUAUGUGUUCUGAAAUGAGAUUUGAAGGUGAAAUAUGAUUAAAUCUGUUUCCAAGGGCUUUGAAAACAAACUUUGUUGAGUCUUGACAUGCAGAUUCAUCACAAAUUCAAUGUGAGCUUUAUUCUUAUUGUGUAUUACCAUCUGUACUACAGUGUUUGGAUGUUGAAAAAUAUUUUUUUUUUAAAUAGAUUUCCUAAAAUAUGAGUAACUUUUUUAGGACAAAACAGCUGUUAACUGGGUUCACUUGGAUUGAAUAUCAUCUAAGAAGAUUGCCUAUAUUUAAUUGUAGUUGUAUUCUUCUCUAAAUAAUGAAUGUUUAUGAGAUUCCUCGUUGAUAUUCAGAAGGGAUAAACACAUUGAGGUAGAUGAACGAUUCACAAUUCACAGGAGGCAAAUUAAUGAAAUCAAAUAUACACACACAAACACUUUACUGUUCUCAGUUUUCACCAUCAUUCUCCCCUUUGUCAUUUUCAGUGGACA